UAUGUGGCAAAAUAAUAGGGAUGAGGCCAUCCUAAAAUUUUCGGUGUUCCGAUACUAAUAAACCCUCGUUAAACCCUAGUACAAAUCUCAACAUACAUAUAGGCAGAGCAGACUUGAACAAAAGAUAGUCUAUCAUCAAUCAUCAUGAGGAAGAAAGUGGACGAACGCAUUAGAACCCUAAUUGAAAAUGGCGUCCGUAAUCGUCAUCGUUCUAUGUUUGUCAUCAUUGGUGACAAAUCCCGUGACCAGAUUGUUAAUCUGCACUACAUGUUGAGCAAAGCUGUUGUAAAGUCACGGCCUACUGUGCUUUGGUGUUACAAGGACAAACUUGAACUCAGCAGUCACAAGAAAAAGAGAAAGAAGCAAAUGAAAAAAAUGAUGCAACAGGGAGUACUAGAUCCUGAAAAAGCAGAUCCAUUUGACCUUUUUGUUGAAACCGGAGGCGUCAGCUAUUGCUUGUAUAGAGAUUCAGAAAGAAUUCUAGGAAACACUUUUGGCAUGUGUAUAUUGCAGGAUUUCGAGGCUUUGACACCCAAUCUUCUUGCAAGAACAAUAGAGACAGUUGAAGGUGGUGGGCUAAUCGUAUUGUUGCUCCGCAAUUUGUCCUCUCUAACCAGCCUCUUCACCAUGGUCAUGGAUGUUCACUCCAGGUUUCGUACAGAAUCCCAUUCACAGGCUACUGGUCGCUUUAAUGAGCGAUUUAUACUCUCUCUUGCAUCAUGUGAAACAUGUAUUGUCAUGGACGAUGAAUUAAAUAUUUUACCAAUUUCCUCCCACAUGAAGAAAAUUGCUGCUGUUCCUGUUCAAGAGGACUCUGAGGGGCUUUCAGAAGCAGAAAGAGAAUUAAGGAAUUUAAAAGAACAGUUGAAUGAAGACUUCCCUGUCGGUCCUCUAAUUCGGAAAUGUUGUACCUUGGACCAGGGAAAAGCAGUGAUCACGUUUCUUGAUGCUAUUCUGGAUAAGACACUUCGAAGCACUGUUGCUCUACUUGCUGCUCGUGGCCGGGGGAAGUCAGCUGCUCUUGGGUUGGCAAUUGCAGGGGCUGUUGCUGCAGGGUAUUCAAAUAUUUUUGUGACAGCGCCUAGUCCUGAAAAUCUGAAAACUCUGUUUGAUUUUGUAUGCAAGGGUUUCAGUAUGCUCGAGUACAAGGAACACCUUGAUUAUGAUAUUGUGAAAAGCAAUAACCCGGAGUUUAAAAAAGCUAUCGUGAGGAUCAAUAUCUAUAAGCAGCACAGACAGACAAUUCAGUAUAUACUACCACAUGAGCAUGAAAAGCUGUCACAAGUUGAAUUGUUGGUGGUUGAUGAAGCAGCAGCUAUUCCAUUACCUGUUGUCAAAUCUUUACUUGGCCCUUACCUCGUCUUCCUUGCGUCAACCGUGAAUGGCUAUGAAGGCACUGGAAGAUCCUUAUCAUUGAAGUUGCUACAGCAACUGGAGGAGCAAAGUCAGAAUUCCAAAAGUGCAGAGAGUGCCCUUUCAGGCCGGCUUUUCAAAAAGAUAGAAUUGAGUGAAUCCAUUAGAUAUGCUUCUGGUGAUCGCAUUGAACGGUGGCUUAAUGCUUUGCUCUGUUUGGAUGUUACAAAUAGUAUCCCAAGUAUCAGACGGUUACCUCAACCGGGUGAUUGUGAUCUCUACUAUGUUAACCGGGACACACUUUUCUCUUAUCACAAAGACAGUGAGUUAUUUUUGCAGCGAAUGAUGGCCCUUUAUGUUGCUUCUCAUUACAAAAAUUCUCCAAAUGAUUUACAAUUGAUGGCUGAUGCUCCAGCUCACCACUUGUUUGUGCUACUAGGCCCAGUUGAUGAGUCAGAAAAUCGUCUUCCUGAUAUUCUCUGUGUCAUCCAGGUCUGCCUGGAGGGUCAAAUUUCUCAGGAGUCUGCUAAAAGAGCUUUGAGCCAAGGCCGCCAGCCCUUUGGAGAUCAGAUACCUUGGAAGUUCUCUCAGCAGUUUGCUGAUGAUGUAUUCCCAAGCCUUUCAGGUGCCCGCAUCGUACGCAUUGCUACACAUCCGAGUGCUAUGAGGCUUGGAUAUGGUUCUGCUGCCGUUGAACUCCUAACCAGGUACUUUGAGGUCCAGUUUACGCAAUUAUCUGAAUUGGAGGCAGAAGAUACAUUGGAGACUCCUCAAGUCAAUGUAACUGAAGCUGCAGAGAAGGUCUCUUUGCUUGAAGAAAAUAUUAAACCAAGAACAGAUCUUCCUCCAUUGCUUGUCCCUUUACGUGAAAGACAACCUGAAAGGCUCCAUUACCUUGGUGUCUCAUUUGGACUUACAUUGGAUCUGUUCCGUUUUUGGAGAAAACAUAAGUUUGCUCCAUUUUUCAUAGGCAAUGCCCCGAAUAGUGUAACUGGCGAGUACACAUGCAUGGUCUUGAAGGCAUUGAAAAAUGAUGAUGUUGAAGCUGCUGGGUCAGAUGAGUGGGGCUUUUAUGGUCCCUUCUACCAAGAAUACAAGGGAAGGUUAGUCGAACUGUUGGGUUCAACCUACCAGAAGAUGAAUUACAAGCUUGCUAUGAGUGUCUUUGAUCCGAAGAUCAACUUUGUGGAGCAGGACCCUGCUUCGCCUGCUUCAAGUGCAUUGUCAAACUCCAUGACAUUUGUUCUGAAACCUCAUGAGAUGAAGAGGCUUGAAGCCUACUCAAAUAGCCUUAUUGACUAUCCCUUGAUUCGAGAUGUUGCUCAAAAACUUGCCCGUGAGUACUUUUUGGAGCAUUUUCCAGUUUCACUUUCAUAUGCUCAGGCUUCCCUUUUGCUUUGCUAUGGCCUGCAACACAAAGAUAUCCCUGAAAUAGAGGGAGAAAUGAAUUUGGAAAGGCAGCAGAUAUUGUCCUUGUUCAUGAAAGUCAUGAAGAGGCUUAGCAAAUACCUGCAUAAUCUAAAAUCAAAAGAAUUUGAAUCAACUGUAUCUCGGCUUAAAGGGAUUAAGUUGGAACCACAUCCUAUAUCAGUUGAUGAAGAUCUCAACGAUGCUGCAAAAAGGGUCCAGGAUGACAUGAAAACCAAGACAACAGAAGGUUUGUUGGACCCAGAGCAAUUUCAGCAGUUCGCUAUAGUAGACAGAGAGGCCGAUUUUGAAAAUGCUCUCCAGAAUGGUGGUGGGAAGAUUAGUUCUAGUGGUGUAGUUAGUAUAAAAUCCUACAAAAGCAAGUUGGACAAGCGUUCCAAGCCGGAAACCGAAAACAGUGACAAGAAAAGAUCCAAAAGCACCUCCGGAUCCAAAUCACAUAAGAAGAGGAAGGGUUAAUGGUGUUGGCAUAACAAUAUUCUAUCCUCCUUUUUUCUACAAGGCUCUUGGGGCUAUUUCUCCUCCUAUUGCUUUAUCGCAAGGGGGUCGAGUAGAGCGCUAAUGCAUAAGUCACAUCAUAUUAGCUUCUUAGUCGCAACCAUAACCACUAUUUAUGCAAUCGUUAAGGUCCAAUUUUGUACAAGCUCCUUUGCAAAAGAACAAUUUUCUUAGAAUGGGAGUUCUUGUCUUGUCUUCAGUCAUAUGCAUUUUUCUUCACAUUUUUUUUAAAAAUUUAGUUGAGCAAUUGUUAUAUAAGGACUAGUAUUUGAUUUGUUUAUGAAAAGGCCAAAUUGCGUUGCCUUUUACAA